CUAAAUUUAUUUCAAACAGAAACUUACUCUCUCCGACAAUUUCAAUGGUGGGAAACCCAAAAAUUAAUCCCUACUUGCGACUUCAGCAAAAUGGGAAAGCAACGGAAUCUCCAGGAAAAAGAAUUAAAAGAAACACCAAAGUAUUCCCAUAAAUUUAAAAACCUAUACACACAAAAUGCAUUUGCAGGGUUGCCUCCUCUAAUUAAGCCCAAAACCCCUCCAAACCCUAGUUUAAAAUCUAGUUGCAAGCCUGCAAAUGCAACUCAUCUUUUUCGAAGUAUUUUCAGAUAACAUUAGAGGCGAGUCAGUGAUUGGCUAAAACGUGGUCUAUAAAUUUCUGUGGGUUUCCCUAGUUUUUGAUGCGGGAACAUUGUUUGGAACAAUAGAAAGAUUUAUCCUUCAUGUCUGGUAGUUGCAGCACGUUGCCUUUUUUCACCCUUUUCAUGGGUCAAGUGAGGAUUAACCUGGCUAGAGAGUCUAGAAUAUGGCAGCAGAGGGUAAGCCAUUUGUGAAAUACCAUUGGCUUUCAACUAAUCUACUGACAUCAGUGCUGGUGCAGAAUAAGAAACACAAAUUUUCUUUGCAAAGUAGUUCUAAUACAUUGCAUAAUUACUGCCUCUCACUUUUGGGUCAUAUAGGUGAUGUGCUUACGACGAGGCACAUUGCAUCAGGUUCAAGAACUCUCGUCUGCUCAAUAUCUAGAUCUGUAAUAGAACCUUUCUCAGGGGGUUUGGGUUUGUGUUUUGAUGCUCAAGAGAACAGCUACUCUGAUAACUCUAAUGGUCUUUUAUUCAAUUUCAUUGUCAUUGAUAGCUGGAAGGUCGACUCAUUGCUAUCUAGGCCAGAAAAAGUUGAUGCUACUGAGUUGUUUGGGGUCAAUGGUCAAUCUUUUGAUCCUGGCCUGAAUGGCUCAAGCAGUUUUUCCAGCAGUGGUCGAUCUAAGUUUCAGUUUCAGAAAUCAAUUCAACAGGUUCCCUUAUUUCAUCUCUGUUCUAGUGAGCAUGCUGGAAUUUCCUUCUUGAGCUCCAGCCAGAAUAUUUCUUCUGGUUUGUUUCUUGAAAGUGGCGAUAGAUAUGUUUGUGGGGAAAGAGUGAAAUGCGCCACAGGUGCUAAAGGAUGGGUUUGUGAUUCAACAAGGCCAUGUGAUCACUUAAAAGAGCUCUGCAGGUUUGGGAGGCUGUGCAAAGGUCAGAUAUGUUCAAGAUUUGAUGUAACGGAGAAGUUUCAACUGUUAAGAUUUGUACUUGGUGGUAUCUCAGGAGGUUUGGAAAGUUUUUCAGAAAAGUUUAAAGGGAAAACAGUAAAUAAGAUUCCCAAGUCAGAUGGUUUAAGAGUACAGCCAACAUCCAAACCUCUUAACAUAAUAAGUGACAACCAUUGCAAGAAAUUCGCUAUUUCAAUGAAUGACUUGUGUAAAAAUGUGGACAAAGAGAGAACUUCUGGCAUUCCUGCUUCAACAUCUGAGCUUACCCCAGUCAAGUUGCACCAUUGCCUGAAGCAUUUGUGUUCAAAAAAUAUUUCCUCAAUAACUUUCGAAGGCAUAUCAGAUUCUGCCACAUCAUUACAGAAACUUGCACCACCUGUUUGUUCUAGUUUGGAAAAAGAAUCUGGACUAGCCAUAUUGGCUGAUAGAUCAACGCAGUUUUCGGAAUUAGUCAGGAAUAAAGAAUCUUUGAGAAUAGAUAGUCAUUCACAAAAGGGUAACUCGGAAAGUCCGUUUCCAAAACCAGGAACCAAUGCUCUUGCAGGAGCAUUGGCUGGGACAUUUGUAAGCCUUUGGUUGCAUCCAAUUGAUACUGUGAAGACAGUAAUUCAAUCUCGUUCUGUGGGACACAGAUCAGUCUUCCGUAAUUUGGGCUCAAUAUUGUCAGAGAGAGGCAUGGUAGGUUUGUACAGAGGUAUAGGAAGUAACCUGGCAUCAUCUGCACCUAUAUCAGGCAUUUAUACCUUUACAUACGAGUCUGUGAAGGCAGCCUUACUACCUCAUUUGGCAAAGGAAUACCAUGCUUUUGCACAUUGCAUUGCAGGUGGUUGUGCAAGUAUUGCAACCUCAUUUAUCUAUACUCCUACUGACUGCAUUAAGCAACAGAUGCAAGUUGGAUCUCAGUAUCGCAAUAGCUGGUUGGCAUUAAGAAGCGUUAUUGACAAAGGUGGAUUCCCCAUGUUAUAUGCUGGGUGGGGCGCAGUUCUUUGCAGGAAUGUGCCACAAUCUGUGAUCAAGUUUUAUACAUAUGAAGGUCUGAAACAUUUUGCUAUGCGGAAUCAUACAAAAGAUAAACAGCUUAGCACAUUGCAGACGCUUGCUUUUGGAGGGUUAGCAGGCUCAACCGCAGCACUAUUUACAACUCCUUUUGAUGUUAUUAAGACGAGGUUACAAACGCAGAUUCCAGGUUCACCUACUUACUAUGAAGGUGUUUUUCAAGCUUUUGAACAUAUUGCCAAACGUGAAGGCUUGGGAGGUCUUUAUCGAGGUCUACUUCCAAGACUGGUAAUAUAUAUAUCGCAAGGGGCUCUGUUCUUUGCAUCUUAUGAAUUUUUCAAGCGGGUCUUGUCUAUUGAGGUCCGGCGUUUAGCUAUACAGACAACACAGCCUAGAGGUGCUGGUAAGAUGAGUCAAUCUACAGUUGUAGAAUCCACCUAAUGCAAUUUUCUUUGGAGUCACUGCUGCAGGGGAGAAUGUUUGUUCCAGUUGUAGGCCAUUGUGUGCAGCAGGGUGGUCAAAUUGUUUAUGUUGCUUUUCAUUGAAGUUGUGACUGUAUGAUUCAUUCAAAGUUGUAAGCUUAAUAUGAUCUUUUGCUAUGUGCAAACACACCUUUUCCAGAGCUUCCAGUCAAUGGAGGAGUUUAGCUUACCCUGAUUCAACUUCAUCUUUGGAGUUCUCCAUCAUUGUGGAUCUCCUGCAGUGAAAUUUUGUCUCAUGACUCUCUUGUGGCAGUGUGUUCCAUCACUCUCUGUUCACCUCAUUUUUUUAAGCAACUUCCCAAUUCUUUACAAAAAUUCACAUUCGAAGUUUCAAUUGCUAUUGUCUAACUGCAUUGUAGCUUAAAUUCCCAAUAUUGAAAUGUAGUUGGAGCCGGAGAGGAAUUUAUCUGGCGACUGUCUUGUUCUUUCAUAGUUUAUACAAGCAUUCAAAGAAAUAAAAAAGUAAAGUUUAUCGUGA